ACCUCGUCUCUCUUCUCUCAUCAUUUACAGUGUAACACAAUUCCUCUACUCUCUUCAUCAUCUCUCUUCUGUAAACAAGCAAUAAUAUUUUUCUCUUCAUUAAUUCUCUCAUAAAUCUCCGAAAAAAAUUAAACAUGGAAACUCCCAGGCAACCCACCCACGUUGCACAACAAAAUGCCUCGUUGCCACACUCGCCGUGGCACUCUCCAGUGCCGUAUUUGUUCGGUGGCUUGGCCGCCAUGCUGGGUUUGAUUGCUUUCGCUCUCUUGGUUCUCGCAUGCUCCUACUCGAAGCUCUCAGGGUAUUUAGAGGGGAACGGAGAGCUUGAUUUGGAGGCCGGAGAGGGGAAAAAUGAUGGUGAAAUUAAGAAGCCUCCUCAGCCUGUUGAAGAGAAGAUUUUGGUAAUUAUGGCCGGAGAAAUGAGACCAACGUUCUUAGCCAUGCCAAUGCCCAGUCGAUCGUCUUCUUUCGGUGUUGAAAGUGACAAAACGUGUUGUUGCAGUAGUGAAAAGAAUGAAAAACUGGAGGAGGAGGAAGAAGUGAAGCUGCAGAGUGGAAGUGGUGGUGAUCAGGUGAAACAUUGCUUAAUUAUUCAAUACGUUCUUGUUCAACACUAUUCCCAUGAAAAAUGUCAACAGUUUUUCAAGGCAAUUUAAACAGUGAGGAGCCAAGGCAAUGAAGAUGCGGCGAAAAGAGACUGUCAGUGGGUUGCAAUUUCUAAGCACAGAUUAGUAAAAGCUUCUGAAAAUUACCAUUUACAAAAUAGCUCAAAACAGAGAACUCUGUAUGAGUUCAGUG